AUGUCGACGAUCGGUCCGGCGCAGUCCGAAGCAAUCCAAAAAACGAUCGUGUCGCCUGACUCGGUUGCUCCUGGCAUCGUCGAGCCGGCGCUCAAGAGCAUUGGGCACUUUACCAAGGCGCUGGCGGACCAAGUCGGGAUCAGCGGGAACGAAAUCGCCACGGGUGGCUUGACCCUGGCCGUCCUGGGCGCGGGCUUGGCUGGGGCUCGGAUUCUGGGCGACAUUCUAUUUGAGAUGGCCAAAAAGCAAUUCAUGGUUACAGCCGAGUUUGCCAGCAACGAUGAAAGCUACAGCUGGAUUCUUGGAUAUCUCUCUGACCACCCUGUCUCGAAGCGUACGACCCGGUUCACAGUGACAUCUAGUGUGUCCAAGACCGGCGCGGAUGCCGAUGCCGUCGCUACUGCACAGGCUCCUCAGAGCGAAGGGUCCGGAUUCUCGAUUCUGCCGCGGGUGUACUUCCUGCCCUCGCCCGGCAUCCACUUUUUCUUUUACGAGGGCCGACUCGUAUGGCUGGAGCGACACCGCCCCAAGGGCCAUGGCGGAAGCGAGAUCUUGCCCGAGCGAAUCACUCUGACAACCUUUGGCCGCUCUCGGGAGCUGCUCCACCGGCUCGUGCUUGAGGCACAGCGGCAGCAUGUUGAAAAGGACCACUGCCGAACUGUCAUCUACAGUGCCGACCAGUGGGGCAACUGGCGGCGCACCCGGUCGCGUCCGAUUCGGCCGAUGAACAGCAUCAUUUUGGACGGUGACGUGAAGCAAAAGGUCGCCCGGGAUAUGGUCGAGUUCCUGAGAAGCGAAAAGUGGUAUGCCGAUCGAGGCAUCCCGUAUCGCCGAGGAUACAUGCUCUACGGAAGCCCCGGAACGGGCAAGACUUCGUUUGUGACAGCGCUCGCCGGCGAAGUCAAGCUCAACAUCUAUGUCAUCAGUCUGGCGAACAAAGGUCUCAGCGACGAAACCCUCACAGAGUUGAUGGUCGAUACUCCUCCACGCUGUAUCUUGCUCCUCGAGGAUAUUGACGCAGCGUUCGUCUCGAGAGAAAGUGCCGCCGCGGUGGCCCCUGGGGCCAGUACGGCUGCGGCAGGAACAGCGUCGGCCAAUGUGACUUUUUCUGGGCUCUUGAAUGCCAUCGAUGGCGUGGCUGCCCAGGAGGGCCGUCUCCUCUUCAUGACGACAAACCACAUUGAAAAACUGGAUCCGGCACUGAUACGGCCAGGACGAGUCGACGUCAAGGUGCUGCUGGACUUGGCGACUUCGUCGCAGGCGCAGGGGCUGUUUGAUCAAUUCUAUCCACACGACGAGACCAGCAGCGAGAUCAUGGAGCUCUCGAUCGAGUUUGCCCGAGGUAUUCCCGACCGCACCUACUCCAUGGCGCAGCUGCAAGGCUACCUCAUGCGAUACAAGAACAACCCACAGCUUGCUGUGCAGAAUGUGGGCGAGCUGAUCCGAGGCGGCGCCCAGGUUCUCAGGAGCGACUAG